AUGGCAGCUCUCGAAGAUCUUCCGUGGCUAAAUUCCAUGGCUUCCCCAACCAACCAUCAGGAACAUGGCUCUCCUGACUCGCAGCCGCCAACUGUUGCUCCAUUCUCUCCUUCUACCAUCACGGGCUCAGCGCUAAGCUCGCGCCAACGCUCCAGCAUCAUCGUGCAUCGCAAGUCACCACUGCUGGUCGCUACGCCACCACCCAUCACUCGGGCUCUAGCCCAUUCACACCCGUUUCUCCUACCACUGAAUAGGUUGAUGGGCCUACUGACAUGGACGACCGAGGAUCCAUGGCAGAGCUUCCUACUGGUAGCUACAUUCUGGACAGUGGUUCUCUACAGUGACGCUAUUAUUCUCUGGGCAGGACCUAUUAUCGUCGUUAUUUCGUUGAUCUUGGGAAUGUACAGCCGGCGGUUCUCGCCCUUGUCAUCAACAACCUCGACAGGCGAGAAGCAUCUCAGAAAAGACUCGAUAGAAAUCACUACCCGGCAUCACAAGAGCUUGGAUGAGAUCUUGGAAACGCUGCGCACAUUGACAACCCGAUGCAAUGUGAUGCUUGAACCCUUACUAAAAUUCACAGAUUUUCUGUCAACCCAACGAACAGCGACAUCAGCAACCACACGGCCUGCGCUGACCGUGCUCUUUAUCCGCAUCCUCUUCGUCACUCCUAUAUGGAUUAUCUUGACACUCCCUCCAUUCUACCUAAUAACUACCCGCCGCGUGGUUAUGACAGUUGGAACUAUAAUUUUGACUUACCACUCUCGACCUGCGCGUGUGUCCCGUGUCAUCCUUUGGCGAUCACGCCUAGUACGUCAAAUCUGCGCAAUUGUGACUGGUCUGUCCGUAGCAGACCCUCCACAUAGCUCAAAUAAGUUUCAAGAGCAAAGCAAGGGCCUAAACAUUGCAACACGGCGACGUGGCUCGUCCGGUGUUCGGUUCACCUUCGUCGUCUAUGAGAAUCAGCGUCGUUGGCUAGGCAUCGGUUGGACAUAUUCUCUACUUCCGGCUGAGCGUAGCGCUUGGACGGACGAGCAUUUAAGCUCUGUCCCACCCAAAGAUGCCUUUGAACUGCCUGAUGUCCGAACAGGAGAUGCGGAAUGGCGAUGGGUCGAAGGGACCGAAUGGCGUAUCGAGGGUACAGGGGCCAAUGGGAAACCGACUAACGGCGAGGGGUGGAUCUACUAUGAUAACAAGUGGAAUGAUGGUCGUCGCGGACAGGACGGUUGGGACCGAUAUACACGUCGACGGAAGUGGUACCGCGAUGCAGAACUAGUCGAGGUACAGGGGAAAGAGGACACGAAAGGUUCUGAAGACACAGUUCGCAAUUACACACAGGUUCCUGAAAAAAACGAUAACAAAGAUGAAAAGGAAAGAGAAGAACAAACUGAUGCCGAGCCCUACAGCGUCUCCACUCUCAAACCUAGGCGUCGGCAUUGGUUCAGCAGCGGCAAAUACAAAGAUAAGGAUCGUGCCAGCAGUGCUGGGCCCACUGAUGGGGCUGCAGAUGCUGGUUGUUCAACAGGCAUAAGCUUUUCAGAUGGCACUGGGAGUGCAAAAAGUGACUCUCGUCCAGUUAGUACGCAGAGCUCUUCGAAGCGGUCCCGUCGUAGCCGCAGGGAAGGCAGUGUGGCGAAGAGCGAUACUUCUAGUAUGCGUGAGAGCCUCACAAAUACACAAGAUCAUCAUGACAGGUGGGCAACAAGGGCGUCGGGAGGGACAGAGAGGGCGGAGCGGGAGUUUGGAUUAAGUGAUGAAGUCAAUAUGGCACUUAGCUGA